AUGAACUCUUCGGGCUCCUUCCGUAUGCAUUUGGGUCCGGCCUCUCCGUUUGCUGCGCGCCGUUCUCGCAUUCCGAACGCUCUCCGCUCUUUUCCUCUGCAGACCUCAACACAUCACAAUGGCGGCCCUUUAACCCGAAGUCGGCUUUACUCCACUCAAUCCCAUGGCGUUCGUUCAACUUCAUCAGAGCGUCCGCUCCUGACGCCCUCUCCUGCCUCGUUCUCGACCUCGCCACAAUAUUCCGAUCCUGGGGACUGGGAGGUGAACUCGAAUCUCGCGAUCUCGGCAUUUUCGGAACUCCCCUCGAAAGACUUUGGUGUCAACCAGCAUAUGAUCAUUAACCAGGAAUUCAAAGAAGCGUUACGCCAGAUCCUCUGGGGUUUCCGCGCUCCGAUUCGGUAUGCAUUCGCCUACGGGUCGGGAGUGUUUCCGCAGUCCGGCAGCGCACCCGGUUCUAGCCAAUGUCACCCAUCAGCGCCGGCAGCCAUUAAAAAUAUGCAGCAAGGACAAGGGAAGAUGAUAGACUUUAUCUUCGGUGUUUCGUACUCUCAACAUUGGCACUCACUAAACCUUAGUCAGCACCGUGAUCAUUAUUCCGGUUUGGGUUCUCUAGGAUCCUAUCUAGUCUCGCAAACGCAGGACAAACUCGGGGCGGGUGUGUACUUCAAUCCGUAUGUAACGGUCAAUGGCACGUUGAUCAAAUACGGCGUCGUGAACCUGGAUACGCUCUGCCAGGACCUCAGCCAAUGGGACACUUUGUACCUGGCCGGGCGAUUGCAGAAACCCGUCAAGAUCCUCCGGGACCAUCCCGGGGUGCGACUUGCCAACCAGAUGAAUCUGCUGUCUGCGGUCCGGGUUGCCUUGCUGCUGCUGCCGGAGCAGUUCAGCGAGUUUGAGCUUUACGGCACCAUUGCGGCAAUCAGCUACAUGGGCGACAUUCGCAUGGCCCUACCGACCGAGGACCCUCGCAAGGUCAAUAACAUUGUCUCCGGACAGAUGGCCAAUUUCCGGCGGCUGUACGCCCCGCUCAUUGAGAACCUCCCCAACGUCACGUUCAACGACAGGCGCUGCACACAGGAGGACUGGAUCGACGAUCCCGAUGCCAACGUGCGGUUAACGCAGGACAUGGACCCCAUCAAGCGUGGUAACAUGGUCCGCCGAUUGCCCGAGUCCUUCCGGGAGAAGUUGUAUUUCCAGUAUCAAUCGCGUUAUGAGAUUCCGCGAGCGGAAUUCAACAAGAUGAUGAAGGAAAGCAACGACAAGGAUCCUGAGCUAGUGCGCCGGCGACAAGGCGGUCAAUUCGAGCAGCGGAUCGCUAGCGACGCAAACCUGCAGAAGGAGGUGCGCGCCUCGAUCACGAAGACCAUCCGAUGGCCCAGCUCUGUGCAGUCCGCCAAGGGCCUUCUCACCUCGGGCUUCGCUCGUACCUGGCGCUACGUGCGAGAAAAGCAGGACAAGUACAAGCAGUCCGGCAAGAACCCUCCUCCGUCGAGCGAGGAGUCCUCUUCCAACACCACUAAGCAAGAAUAG